UAUGGCUACCAGGGUGAUUGUCGUCAACGUCUAUGUCCGAUAAAACUGGAUUUAAGGGUUACAGGAAGAUGUCGGAGCAAAAAUGUCAAAAGCAGAAAAUUUUAUUUGGAGCAAAAUAAUCAAGCUUUUGGUUGAAUAUUGAUUCAAAAUGAGUAGAUCCAGACAACUUUCGCGGGAGAAUACGUCUCUGAAUUCACACGAACCGAGUAAGACUUUCACUUUUGGAACUUGCGAUCUAUGUUCAAGACAAACUGGAGACCAUUUCUGUAUUCAGUGCAACCAAUAUUUAUGUGACCACUGUCAAUCUAUUCACCUAAAAAGUACCGUUUCUAGAGGACAUAGGAUAAAACCGCCAGAAGUACUUUUAACUGAAGCUAAACGCCGUCAAUGCGAGCUUCAUCCUCAACAAGUGAUAGAAAAUUAUUGUAUGGAAUGUUCGCAAUUUCUGUGUAGAAAAUGUUUGAAUGGUAUUCAUAAAUUCCAUAAAUAUAGGUCUUUAUCUGCUGCUUCUGAAAUCCAACAAAAUCUUUUAAAAGACUUUAUGGAAUAUGUUAACAAAGAGACUGAGGUUUUACAAGAGCAUAUCAAAACUUCAGAUACUUUUCAAAACACUUACCAGUAUAAAGAGAAAGAGAGAGUAGCAGAAAUAAAGAAAGCACAGGAAGAACUCAAAAACAGAAUAGACGCUGCCGCAGAUGAACUUAUCAAUGAAAUGAAAGAACGAAGAGAUGAUAAUCUCAAAGAAAUGGCCGAAAAUAGAAACAUGCUUGCCAAAAUGACAGAACACGGGAAAAAAUUAAAAAUGCGCUGCCAGCAGACGAUAGAUGAAAUUGACGAGCAAGCCGCUCCUUUAAUGACUAAAGGUUUAGUUAAAGAAGUCUGUAAUUUCCAAAGUCCAACUAAAGUACAUUUAGGGGAAUAUCCGGUUUUUAAACGAGCCCUCCACAAUUCUAUAGCUGUUCGUCAAAUGCUAGGAUCAUUCCGACAACCUGUACGAAAUCAAGACAUAGAAAGUAGAACGACUUGCAGAUUAGCACUACCAUUUGGAAUGCUAUUAUGAUGUUAAAACUGAAGUAUAGUUGCUUGUGAAAAAUGAAUUAAAUAGAAACCGUAGAAGUUGAAUUGGAAAAAAGUUGUUCGAAUUUUUCUUAUGCAUGGAAGAACAAUAAAUUUGAAUGUUACUUUUAAAUUGUUUACAAAUCUGAAAGAUAUAGUUUUAUGAGUAUUGUGCGAAUGAAAAUCA